UAAGAGUUCCGCCACUUUUCCGUUCCGGAGUCAUAGUUGCAAACAUGGCCGCAGAGGGAGACGUAGAUUUAGAACUGGAAGCCGACGAGAACUGCACGGGAAAACCGGUUGAGAAACCCCGCAAACAUGACAGCGGCGCGGCCGAUCUGGAGCGUGUCACCGAUUAUGCAGAGGAGAAAGAGAUCUCCAGUUCUGACCUGGAAACGGCAAUGUCUGUGAUCGGAGACAGAAGGUCCAGGGAACAGAAAGCUAAACAAGAGAGAGAGAGAGAGCUGGCCAAGGUCACCAUCAAGAAAGAUGAUGUGGAGCUCAUUAUGACAGAGAUGGAGAUUCCUCGAGGAGUAGCAGAGCGCAGUCUGAGGGAACACAUGGGCAAUGUGGUGGAGGCACUGAUUGCGCUCACAAACUGAUUCCCCUGCACAUACCAAGACACACAAUUGCGGUUCCAGAGAACUGCUUUCAAAGAUGGACCCAGCAUUCAGAACCAGGAAAUGUCUUGAGGUGGUUUUGCUUUUCUGCAGGAUGGAGACAGGAAACUCUGAUUGUUGGACAGCAUUUCCUCUACCAGUGUGGUGUUUACUGACUUUAAUGAUUCGAUUAGAUCUAACUGGCUCGUGGACAAAAAUGGAGUAUGUUUGUAUUUCAAGAAACAAAAUAAAAAAUGUAUCUGAUACAUAUUUAGCUGUGAAUUUGAUUUUAAGAAUGAUGCAAUCUUCACUUGCAGUACUACCCUGUCCAAUAUCCAAUUAAUAAAAUUCUGGUAGGCAACCAUGUCUAAAGCACCUAAGCAAAGUUGAACCACAUUUACAGUAGACUUUUUUGAUUCCCUAAAUUAAAUCUAAAAAAGGCUGCAUUUAGUUUUAAAAACGCCUUAUCUAGAAAUGCAUAAGACAAAGGUGUUUACAAAUAAUCAGUAAUCUUUAGAUGCAAG